AUGGCGCAGGAGCAGUGCGUUCAAAACGAGAAGGAAAAAAAUCACGUCUAUUCAGUCGACAUGGUGGUGUGUGUGGCAGGGGGUGUGGCUGGCUUCCUCACUGCAGCUAACAAGGCAUCUUCUACCAAGCCAAAGAAAAACAAGGCGAUGGUGGACUCAGAGUGGAUGUCCCAUCUGAGGAAGUUUGCCAGCACUGGAGCCUGGCCGGCAGGUGAAGGGAACAGGCCAGCUCCCAGACAGAAGAARUGGUACGAGCUGUAUCAAAGGAUUGAGAAAUGUCCCAUGCAGACGCAUGGACAGAUGUCCUUGUUCGGUCAGCUCAGGAAGUGUACCUGUGGAUUCCACGCUCCGAAGAGUGCAGCAGUUCAGAGCGUCCUGGGUCAACAACCUGCAGCAGCGGGUCUGACCCAGAGCACCACUUCAGCAGCCGGUCCGGUACAGAGUACCAUGGGUCAGCAGAGUCCAGCUGUGGGUCCAGUCCACACCACUGUAGGACAAAGUGCUGCUGUGGGACAGGUUCUGGGAGCAGGAGGACCGAAGCAGCGACCAUCAUUGAAUUUGGCAAUGUUCACCAAGCCAGGAUUUGGUGGUGCUCAUGUUGCUGCUGCAAAGCCAAAUCUGAGCCCGAAAAGUAUCGCAGUCACCGACUCUGCUGAAGCAAGCUCCAGUUCAGCAGCCAACAUUGCUGUCUCAGCUCCAGAUCCUCAGACAGCUGCUCAGGUGGCUGUACCAGGUCCUGCAGCAGUGUGUCCUUCUGUGUCAACUGCGGACCCCAGGACUGACACACCUGAAGCUCCAGCGACUCCCCAGCUGCCCCGCCUGUGGUCAGAGGGCUUGCCAACUGCAGACCACAARUGGAUUGCAAAGACCCUCUUGAAGGUGGGGCCCAAGGGGAAAAUGGAGCUUCAGCAAAACCUGAAGCUCUGGUACUAUCCUCCAGAGCCAAGCCAGCUGUACCACCAGGCUCCUGCACCGGACCGCUUUUUUGCGCAUCCACUGCUGGUGUGGAUGCCAUAUAAGUUGUGGAAGGUGAGGUUGGUCUGUCCAAACCCUGCCUGUGGCCAGCACCAACUCACAGGAGCAGGGUUGCACAAGAGAGCACGACGGGUCCUGGACGUGGACAGGAUCUACAACAUGGUGACAGAGACUSUGACCUGCACCAAAUGUAGAGCCAACCAUGUUUCAUGGAGCAAGACUGUCCUCACACAGCUGGACUUGGCUCACYGUUCAGAGUUUCGGGUCAUCCUCACACAAAAGURAGUAACGUUUCUUUUCCCCUUUGCCUUGUCAAAUAGAAUGAUGUUUGCCUGUGACAUCCGGGUGAUCCGGCUUCUGCGGGAGAGAGGCCUGGGUAACAGUCCCACRAGACUCCUGAAGCAGCUGAAGGAGAACCACACAGAGGAGUGGCUGACGAGAAUUUUAUUCAUCGUGGCCGACAGGGGGCGUUUAGAGCAGUGA